AUGGCGCAGGCGCAGCGCGAGCGCCUUCGCGUGGUCAUGUUCCCGUGGCUCGCGCACGGCCACAUCAACCCCUACCUCGAGCUGGCCAGGCGUCUCACCUCGACCUCGGCCGCCGCCACCGCCGGGCGGGAACAGAUCGACGUCGUCGUCCACCUCGUCUCCACUCCCGUCAACCUCGCCGCCGUCGCGCACCGCCAGACCGACCGGAUCAGGCUCGUCGAGCUCGGCCUCCCGGAGCUCCCAGAGCUUCCCUCCAAGCUGCACACCACCAAGCACCUCCCGCCGCGACUCAUGCCCGUCCUCAAGCGCGCCUGCGACCUCGCUGCGCCGGCGUUCGGCGCCAUCCUUGACGAGCUCCGCCCGGAUAUACUGCUCUACGACUUUAUCCAGCCGUGGGCGCCGGUCGAGGCCACGGCGCGCGGCGUCCCCGCCGUCCACUUCAGCACCUGCAGCGCCGUCGCCACGGCGUUCUUCCUACACUUCCUCAAGGCCGGCGAUCGCGACCCCAGCGCCUUUCCAUUCGAGGCCAUCAGCCUCGGCGGCGCCGAGGAGGACGCCAGGUACACCAUGCUCACCUGCCAAGACGACGGCACGGCCCUGCUCCCCGAGGGCGAGCGCCUGCCGCUCAGCCUGGUGCGCUCGUCGGAGUUCGUCGCCGUCAAGACAUGCGUGGAGAUCGAGCGCAAGUACAUGGACUACCUGUCCAAUCUCGUCGGAAAGGAGAUCAUCCCAUGCGGUCCGUUGCUCGUCGACUCCGGCGACGUCGGCUCGGGAUCGGAGGCCGACCGCGUCAUGCGGUGGCUCGACGGGCAGGAGGCGGCAUCCGUGGUGCUCGUCUCUUUCGGCAGCGAGUACUUCAUGACGGAGAAGCAGAUGGCCCAGAUGGCGCGCGGGCUGGAGCUGAGCGGCGCCGUCUUCGUGUGGGUGGUGCGGUUCCCGAAGAGCCCCGACGAGGACCGCGGCGCGGCGCGCGCGAUGCCGCCCGGGUUCGCGCCGGCGCACGGGCUGGUGGUGCAAGGGUGGGCGCCGCAGCGGCGCGUCCUGUCGCACCGCUCGUGCGGCGCGUUCCUGACGCACUGCGGGUGGAGCUCGGUGAUGGAGUCGCUGUCGGCGGGGGUGCCGAUGGUGGCGCUGCCGCUGCACAUCGACCAGCCGAUGGGCGCCAACCUCGCGGCGGAGCUGGGCGUCGCGGCGCGCGUGCGGCAGGAGCGGUUCGGGGAGUUCAGCGCCGAGGAGGUGGCGCGCGCCGUCCGCGCGGUGGCGCGCGGCGAGGAGGGCCAGGCGCUGCGCGGCCGCGCGAGGGAGCUUCGCGAGGUGGUGGAACGGAGCGACGAGGACGACGUCGAGCAGAUCGGCGCGCUGCUCCACAGGAUGGCGCGCCUCUGCGAAGGCGCAGGCCGUGCAGCCCAACUAGCCCAUGCACACAUAAUGGGCCCGAUCCGCUACAAAAUUACGCGAAAUUUGUAG